AUGAUCAAGGCCUGCUCCCUCAGCCGUUCGGCGCCCAACGCCGCCAGGGUGGCGGCCCGGCGGCUGUCGACCGCGGCGGUGUCGGACCUCGACCACGACCUGCCCUCCCUGCCCGCCGCCGCGCCCUCGCUUGCCACUGCCAAGUUUGAUUGGACGGACCCGCUCGCGCUGUCUGCCUCGCUCACCGAAGAGGCGUCGGCCGACACGCCUCACGCGCACGCUCUGCACCUUGAGCUGGCGGUGUACGAGUCGGCGCGCAGCUUUGCGCAGCGCGAGCUCAAGCCGGGCAUCGUGGAGGCGACGCGGCAGGGCCACUUCGACCGCGGGAUCAUGCGCGCGUUUGGUCAGAUGGGCCUGCUCGGGCUCACCUCCCCCGUCGAGUACGGCGGCGGCGGCGCCGGGUAUGUCUCUUAUGGGCUGGGCGCGCGCGCCGUCGAGCAGGUCGACAGCGGGUACCGUCCUCGCUGGUGA